ACAAACUUAAACUCAAGUAUAAAAGUAUAAAUGUACCAUAGCCUACAAUAAAGGUAUAUUGCAAAAAGCUAUUCAGAAUGAAAAUAAACAAAGAAUGUACCUAAAAGUAGUACUUGAUUACAUCUCUUAAAAUGUAUUGAUUUACAUUCUACCAUUAAUGGAAACAAGUGACCUUCCCAAAAAAAAUCUGUUGAACAACUUUUCAUUUUAUUCUGAAAGUUUUGCUUCAGGAAGCUCUGUUAUAAAGUGUGUGUGGGGGGGGCUUUAAACUGCCGUAUUGACUUCCACUCAGUAGUCAGUCCCGCCUCCUGCAGCCACUCACCUGGGAGUACCUGCCUACCUGUCCGCACAGGUAAUCAGAUUCGGGGUAACUUAAACCUGCUAUGGCGGAUUCCCAGCUGCUGUGCAUGGACGAUGAGCAUGUCAACGAAAAGAUCCCGGAGACUAAACCGGAGUUUUACUACAGCGAGGAGCAGCGUGCUGCCCUGGAGCAGCUCCUGAAGAGAGGGGACGGAGCCUUCAAGAUGCGGCUGAAGGAGGACAACAUCAGAGACUUCCUCUCGGCCAGGGAGAUCAGAUCCCUCCGGAAAAUGUUCAACGAGUACGACACGGACAGUGACUCCGAGUCCGGAGAUCAGGAAAAGUCCAAGGGGUCCUCCAGCGCAGACUCCGGGGUGCAUUCCACAUACUGGCCCGAGAUGUCCGACACCGAGGUCCCGUCUCUGGACAUCGGCUGGCCGGGCAGCAGCGGCGUCUACAAGGGGGUGACCCGUGUGAGCGUCUAUUCCCACCCUCCCAGGGAGCCCGGGCCGCACAUCAAGGAGGUGGUGAGGAGGCUCAUACAGGAGGCACACAAGGUGGUGGCCAUAGUAAUGGAUAUGCUGACAGACCUGCAGAUCCUCCAGGACCUGCUGGAUGCCUCUUCUCGGCGGGGGGUGGCUGUCUACGCUUUGCUGGAAGCUAGGGGUGUGCCCCACUUCCUGGAUAUGUGCACACGGCUGCAGAUUAAUGCAGUCCAUCUGCGGAAUCUCCGUGUGCGCAUGGUGAAAGGCUCAGGGCUGGCCCUGUCAUUUGGAAAGCUGCCCGGGACCCUGUGCUCCAAAUACAUGCUGGUGGACGGAGAGAAAGUCAUGUUUGGGUCUUACAGCUUUACCUGGACUUCCUCUCGGAUGGACAGGAACACGAUCACCGUGAUGUCGGGACACAUUGUGGACUCCUUUGAUAAUGACUUCCGGGAGCUCUAUGCCGUGUCCGAGCUGGUGGAUCUCUACCGAGAGUUUAACAUCACCAAGCCGCCAAUUUCUACGCCCAUCAGGAAGCCAAAGGUGGAGAGAAUUCAGCCUCUUCCCGUCUCCAUGUCUCGCUUUCAAGUAUCUGUCGGGGACUCUAGACAGGCAGAUUUAAAGGUACCUGCACACAAAUAUCACAACCCUAAGUAUUCUUUAGUUUUUGGAAACAGUACGGGCCUCACUGGUUCCCUACAAGACCUGUCGAGAGUCAACAACUCGCUGGUUGACGGGCCGAUCCAGAGGAACGGCCUGCAGAAUGGCAUGCUUCAAACCAGCAAGGACAAGGUGGACCAAGCCCCACUUCAGAGUCCUGGUUCCCCUGCAGAGGAGGAGGACGAGGAUGGAAAGGGAAGCUUGAAGAGGAACCAGCUUUUUGGAGCUAAGAAACAACGCAGCUCUUUCAGGCACUUCCUGAAAGGUAGAGGAGCCAAUCAGAGUUCAGAGACUAUAGAGGAGGGCAUGGUCACUCCUCAGAGCCAGUCCCCUGUCUCUAAGGUGUCCGAGCUAAAUGGCAAUGCAAAUACAAAUGAAAUGGAAGACUCGUUUGAGAUUAUUGAGAAACCCGGUUUACUGAAAUCCAAAAUCAAGAAGCCCUCAAAGAUCCUUCAGAGAAGCAUGUCCCUGCAGACCAUCAACACAGGAGAUGAAGACGGAUCUAAAAGCCGCCGGCGGCAUCAAAAGAAGAAUUGCAUCCAGUCAUGAGAUGAAAAACAAGAGGACAGUCAGAGUUUUGAAGAGCAGCACAGGCUCUCCAGAUUACACUUGAUGAGUCACAGUAUCUGUUUCCUGGAACCAGGUGACAUUACGCUCUCUGGGCUGUUAUACUUCAGGUGAAAGUCCUUUUAUAGGAGAGAGUAGUUCAACUUAUCAUGUGAGAAAUAAUCUCCUCCAAGAGAAUCUAAACAUUGUUGCCAAAGUGCUAAUGGAGGGCGAUUUCAUUUCCUUUGUUUUAGUCUAUCUACAGUUAUUCUGUAGCUAAAGGGGUAGUUCAUUCUUUUUGAAGUAAGGUUGUUGGAUCUACUUAUCCACAGUCAAUGUAUUACCUACAAUAGAUGGUGGUUGGCUCAUUUCAAGUUUGGAGAAACAGAUGAGAGUACCAGAAGAAAUCCAGGCAAUGUACUUAAUUGGACUGGGGGUAACAGCAAAAUGUAUUUGAGAUGCCUAAAAAUCCAUAUCAGUUAAUUUGCAUGUUGUAUUUAGAAUAAUUGAGCUGCUUUACCUUGCCGUCAGAUGUUCAUUUUCAACGAGGUACUGAAGCUGUUACUUUCAAACCCACUAGACAUUGAAAAAAAAGUUAAUUUUAACUUGAAAACCUUGUUGCUGAUAUACUGCUCGCUCGAUCAGUUACUUGGUGGUGUCUUUGUUUGACUUAAGGCCUUUACACACUGUACUGGGGACGUGGCAAAAAAAAACAGGACUUACUUGCCUGCCAAUAUUUUGCAAAGAAAAUCUACAUAAUGCUCACUGAAUCAACAUUCCUUCUGGUAAACAGUUACACAGUCUAGGGCAGUGGUAUCCAAACUACGGCAAGCAUAAUUUACAUACAUUUGAUUGAUUUUAACUUAUGAGGUCAUAUACAUCACCUCUAGUGAGGGGCCCAACCCUUCGUAUAUUUUUCUGUAUAUGGCCCUCAGUGAAAAAAGUUGGGACACCCUUGGUCUAGAGCUUUUACUGUGAAAUGUUAAGAAGCCCUGUUUUUGCUAAUAGACAAUAAACAUAUCAUCAUGCCUACAGUCAUAGAAAUAGGGAGAAAUAGGGAAUAAUAUAAUUAUUUAAAUAUGACAUUAUAAUAUUUAGUUUGACAUUUUUAUUUUUUUAAACAUAAUUUACAAUGAUUGACUUUCUCUGCGUAAGUAUUCAUGGGAAAAAAGGUACAAAUUAUUUGUAUGAAAAACCCCCACUGAUGUGUUAAGGCCUUCAAAAUGAUAUGGAUUUGUAUUUGCUUGCUAAAGAACAUUCUACUAAAAGUAAUACAAUGACAACUGUAGAUAAGUUCCUCGCUUCAAAACAUCCAACUAUCCCUUUAACAGUUUUUUAUAUGCGUGAACCUGAUCACCACAGAGCCAAGGAUUGUCACCACACCUGGUUGCUAUGGAGACAAGAGAAGUGAUCAGAAGUGCUGUUUGUCACCGAGUGUUGCCUUACAGACUGAGGAGCCUUCGUAACAGAAUAAGUGUUCAUCAGAGAGCGUCGUGCAGGCUGUGAAUUAUGCACGCUAUGUUGAGUUCAGCGGUGUUGACACAUGCCUGCUCUGCUUCCUGCCGUGAGAAGACUGUGUAUGAUUACACUUUGCUUUUGUUCACUGGCAGAGAUAAUAAUGUGAAUCCUUGAGAAACUACUUGAGAUGCAAAUUAUCCUAAUUUUGUAGCAGAGAUUGAAUAAAAGACUUGAAAAAAGA